AUGGAGAACAACGCAUUCAGAGAUCGAGUCUUUGCGGACAAUGAACACGAAGAAAUCCCCGAUUCCUUCGUUUGCUGCGUUUGUCUGGAUCUAUUAUACAAGCCCAUUGUGCUAUCAUGUGGCCACAUAUGCUGUUUCUGGUGUGUCUAUUAUUCAAUGAAUUGUCUGCGCGAGUCUCAAUGUCCAGUUUGUAGGCAUCAAUACUAUCACUUCCCAACAGUCUGCCAAUUGCUUCACUUUUUGCUUCUUAAGAUCUAUACUGUUGCUUACAAGAGAAGGGAAAGCCAAAUUCUUGUGGAAGAAAAAAAAUCAGGAUUCUACUCUCCUCAAUUUGAUCCUGAUACAUGUGAAUCACAAGCUAAAUUUGGUCAUUCUGGUAUCCCUUCUUCCUCCUCCGCUAUGAAGUUGACAUCCAACUCAUGCAAUGUGGAAACUUCUGAAUGUAUGGAGCAAUUAGGGUCCACUACCCAUGAAGGAGAUGAAGGAACCAUCCAUUCUGAUCGAAAACCUAAUAUUAUUGCAACUCCUCAGGAAGAGAUUUCUCUCCAACAGAAACUAUCAGUUGCAGAUGUGACUUGUACAAUGUGCAAGCAACUGCUCUUUCAUCCUGUAGUUCUUAAUUGUGGUCAUGUAUGCUGUCAAACUUGUGUCAUCAACAUAGAUGAUGACAUGCUCAGAUGCCAAGUUUGUCAAAGUCCACAUCCCAGAGGAUUUCCAAAAGUAUGCUUGGAGUUGGAUCACUUUUUAGAGGAAAAAUUUCCUGAAGAAUAUAGACAGCGGAGAGAUGCCAUUGAAAUACAGCAAAUCAAAGUCAAACUUGAAACCCCUUCCUCCUGUUCAUUGGAUAAUGGUAACAAAGGAGAAAAUAGAGAUUGGUGGUUAGAUCCCGACUCAAAAGUUCACAUUGGAGUUGGUUGUGAUUUUUGCGGGAUGUUUCCAAUAAUUGGAGAUAGAUAUAAGUGCACUGAUUGUAAGGAGAAAAUGGGUUUUGAUCUUUGCGGUGAUUGCUAUGCAACUCGCUCCAAGCUUCCUGGCCGAUUUAAUCAACAACACACCUCAGAGCAUAAGUUCAAGCUUGUACAAUCCGACCUUGUUCAUAACUUUAUGUUGGCCACAGGGGACACUUCUAUUGACCUGGUGUCUGUAGGAAACUUAGAGAUUACCUCGGACGGUGCCGCAUUGUUUGAUGGUGGAGAAGAUAACGACCACAGUGAUUCUGAAGCCACCAAUUGA